AUGAGACCUAAGGAAUCAGACUUUUACAAGAGAAUUCGAUUGUUGGGACAAGGAUCGUUUGGAAAGGCUUACUAAUGUGAGUCUUUGAAAGAUCAUUCUCUUUGUGUGAUUAAGCAAAUAGAUAUGAGAUAUUUAAGUGAGGAGGAAAAAAAAGAAACCUAUUCAGAGUUUAGAAUCAUGGCUUAAUUGAAGCAUCCCAACAUAAUCAACUUUAGAGAAGUUUACAAAACUGUAAAAGGAAAAUUAUGUAUUGUAAUGGAUUAUGCUGAGGGAGGCGAUCUGGCACAAUUGAUAAAAAAUCAUGAUGGCUAUUUCCCGGAAUCCAGAAUUUUGGAUUGGUUUACUUAAAUGUGUUUAGCAAUAAAGCAUUGUCAUGAUCGUAAAAUCAUUCACCGAGAUAUUAAAACAUAAAACAUGUUCCUUACAAAGGAUAUGAGAAUCAGACUGGGAGAUUUUGGUAUAGCAAGAUUGCUAGAUAACACUCGUGACAAAGCACAUACAAUGGUGGGUACACCAUAUUAUUUGGCUCCAGAAUUGCUAGAAAACAAGCCUUAUAGUUUUAAAGGCGAUGUGUGGUCAUUGGGAGUGAUCUUAUACGAAAUGUGUGCAAAGACUCCUCCAUUUAAUGCAGAUUCGUUGGCAUCACUGGCUUUGAAAAUAAUCCGUGGACAGUACUAAGCCAUUUCAAAUAACUACUCGUCGCAAUUAAGAACCCUUGUGAAUUAACUUCUGACAGUGAAUCCUGAAAAAAGACCAGAUGUGCAUCAGAUAUUAAAAAUGCCGAUAAUCACUAAUAGAAUAAAGAACUUUCUAUCUGAAACCAUUAAGAGAAGUGAAUUUGAUCAUACCAUUCUUCACAAUCAAUAGAUUCAAUUGACUGAUACUACAAUUCCAUUAAUAGAUGAUUAAGAUCCGAAAGGAGAUCAAGCUGAGUAGACUCCAAAGAGUAGAAACCAAAUCUAACAACAAUUGCCAGGCAUCAAGAGUCCCCCUAUUGGUCAAGAAAAAAAAAGAAAGAAUAGUGACCUCAGGAAAUUACCAGAAAUUAAACUCCCUAAACCUGAAAGGCCUCCAAUUUCAAGGCAACAAACAAGCCGUCAAUAAUUGCAUUAGUUGCCUAGUCAACGUGUAUAACCAUCAACUCCAGAUUUAGGAAUGGGACACAAAUAUAAGAAUUCUCGAUUUAUAACAAAGGAAAGUCCUGACUCUUUUCAAGGUUCUGAUCAAGUUUUAGAGGAAGUAACCAAAAACAGCGAGUAAGGAAGUCCUAAGUUUUUUUAGAAUAUUCUUGAUAAGCCUCAUAUCAAAAAUAUCAAAGGACUAUCUAAAUUAGAUUAGAUAUAAAAAAUUAAAUUAGUAUAGAAAUCAGAAGAUGAGGCUAAAAAACCUAUUUACAGGGUUCAUGCCUAACCAAAACUAGUAGAAUAAUUCAUAAAGAAACAAAGGGACAGGAAGAUAUCUGAAGAAAUAACAACAACUCAAUAGAGAUAGGAAGAGUGUUAAUAAUAACAACUAGAAAAAAUAUCAGAGACUCCAGAAUAAAAAUUACUAGACAAAACUACUAUCAGCGACUUUUAAAGUCCAGAAGAACAAUAAUUAAUUUAAAAUAAUAAGCAAACUGUUGAAACUGCAGCAUUUGAUUUUUAACCUCAAUUUCAGUUUUAAGUUUUUGAUGUCACCUAGAAAAAACCCACUAAACCAAAUAAACCAUAGAAUUCUAAAACAGAUGAAGAGAAAAAUAAAAAAAAAAUUUAUAAAAUCAUCUAUAAAGAUCCAUUUUAAAAAAAAGCUAAAGUAAUGUAAUAAAGAAAUAGUGAGGAGGACAUGAAAGAGAUGAUAAAUGAACUAAAAAAUGUGCUUUCUGAACAACCUAAAAAAGUUGAAGAACUUCCUUUAUAAGGAUAAAAUGAUUCCGAAGGCUCCAGAAUAUAUUCAGAGGAUUCAAGUGAAGAUUUUAGAGAAAAUGCUGACACCUUACCUCCUAAAACACAAAUUAAUACAUGGAUGCAAAGCAACUCAGAUUAAAUACAAAAAGUAAACACUUCAAAAUCAUAACCAGAACCUAGAGGAAAAUACCAAAGUGGUUCAAAAAGUUUGAAGGAUAAACUAACAUCUAAGUUAGGAUAACAUUUUGAAUAAUUAUAUAAAUUAGCAAAACUGUGUUCCCAUCAAGAGGACUUGGGAAAGCAGCAUAUAAAAAUGGCUAUAUUGGAUAAUCUAGAAUUGGAUGAAAAUAAGGCUGAAACAUGUGCUACAUUGUUAGUGACAUUAGCAACUAUUGGUUACUGA